AUGGAUUUGGUGAUUGGUGAGCCAUUGUACAUUGUUGGUAGGGAUUGUGGAUAUUGCCAUGGGAAGAAAGAUGGACCUAGAAGAUCAUACAGCUUGCAGUCAUAUGAGGAGGCUUACCGUGCGGGAACAGAACCGUUUGACGAGUACCCCAAUUCCAGCACCAUAUGCUGCCAUGUAUACUCGUGUACCCCGGAAAUCUAUGAACUGAUGAUGAAUCGAGGAUUCAGAAGAUCAGGGAGUUUUCUCUAUCGUCCGGACCUGCUUCGAAGUUGCUGCAGAUUGUACACAAUCAGAUCAAAUACAAAUCUUUUGAAGGUCAGUAAGGAACAUAGACACAAUGUGAAUAGAUUUGUCAGAUUUAUUACAGGGAAUGAAUCCAACAAUAAGAAUCGACCAUUUGAUUUAAAGAGUGCACUGCUGUCAGCCGAAACAAGAACAUCGUCAUUUCGAACAGAGAUUGCCCCUGCUAAUUUCAGCCCUGAAAAAUAUGCGCUGUACAAGAAGUACCAGACAACAAUACACAACGAUGACCCCAAUGAAGUUUCGGAGAAAGGUUUCAAGAGAUUUCUAUGCCAGUCGUUCUUUCCGGAGCAAUACUCGGGCUCCCGGUCCCCAGAGUACUGGAGAAAGCUGAAUCGCUGGCGGGAGCUCAAAAUCAUAGACAUUGACGGUGAACAAGUGGAAGGUCCAGUUCAUGAAUGCUACUACAUCGAGGACAAGCUAGUGGCACUAGGAAUUUUGGAUAUUUUGCCUAAUUCUGUGUCUUCUGUAUACUUCAUUUGGGACCCUGAUUAUGCUCAUCUGGGACUUGGCACUCUCAGUGCUCUACGGGAGUUGGUUUUGACGGAACAGCUAGGAAAAGAAUAUUACUAUCUAGGAUACUAUGCGGACGACUGCCACAAGAUGAAAUACAAAGCCAAAUUUGGUGGUGAAAUCUUGGACUUGACGACUCUCACUUUUUACAGGCUCAACGAGCUUAAGAAAGUGACCGACUGCAGUGGACUUAUCGCUUUAAGCGAGCUGGAGUCGACAUCUACAGAACCAGCCGUCCCUUCAACGAUAAAGAGUAACCCCUUAAGUCACAUGAUAAAUGUGGCAGAGAAUAUUUACGGGGUGCAGGGAGGGAGUUUCUCGGCCAGUAGAAAAGUGGCUCAAGAGAUUAGUGGAACUCUCGGACUUAGUGAAUUUGGAGAUCAGAAUGACGAGAAACUGUGGAGGCGAGUUGAAGAGUCAGUCGUUCAUGCCCUGCCGCUUGUUUCACCUGGAUUAAUCCCUCUUUGGCAAAUCAUGGAUUGGGUGGCGAAUGGAGCCAUACAUGACAUUUUUCCGUAUUGCCUCGUUAUAGAUCACACGAAGUCGCAACAUGGCCAAUUGUUUGAUUUCUCAAACAAGAAAUCUGCAGAUUUUAGAAAGUCAUUUAUCGAUCUUUUGCGCAUGUUUGGGGCGGAAUUGUUCGAGAAUGCUAAAAUAGUGUUGCUCAUGUGA